CCCUCCACACCUCCUCCCUCUACAAAUACUAGCAACCUCGCUGACUCCCCAGCAGAGCGAGCUCCACCCAGACUCGACUCGGUCCAACACCGGCGAACCAUCGAUCGGAGUUACGUUACGUUGAGAGCGGAGCCUGGUUGUUACUAGCCUGCUUGUUCAACGGAUCGAUCGAUCGACGGAUUUGCGGCGCAGGCGUGCGUGGUCGGGCUUUGCAUGGUGCUGCGAUCAUGACGAGGUCGUCCAAGAAGCAGCAGCGGUCCAUGUGGAGGAUCCUCUUCGGCGGCUGCCUCGGCGGCGGCGGCGCGGCAGGGAGCGGGAAGGUCCGUCCCGGCCCGAGGACGAAGCAAGUCGGGGACAGAGGAGGCGGCGGUGCCGGUUCGUCUCCGGCGGCAGGGCUGCAGCAGCGUCUGUCUCUGACGGAUGUGAUGAGCACGGCGUCGGACCAGGACCUGUCGGUGUCGCUGGUGGGUUCGAACCUGCACGUGUUCACCGUGGGGGAGCUCAAGGCGGCGACGCAGGGGUUCAUGGACAGCAACUUUCUAGGCGAGGGCGGGUUCGGGCCCGUGUACAAGGGCGCCGUCGCGGAGGGCGCCAAGCCGGGGCUGCGGGCGCAGCAGAUCGCCGUGAAGCUGUGGGACCCCGAGGGCACGCAGGGGCACAAGGAGUGGCUGUCGGAGGUCAUCUUCCUCGGGCAGCUGCGGCACCCCAACCUGGUGAAGCUAGUGGGCUACUGCAGCGAGGAGGAGCACCGGCUGCUGGUCUACGAGUACAUGCCCAAAGGCAGCCUGGAGAACCAUCUCUUCAAGAAGUUCCCGCCCGUUCUGUCGUGGUCGACGCGGCUGAACAUCGCGGUGGGCGCGGCCGAGGGCCUCGCCUUCCUUCACGACGCCGAGAAGCCCGUCAUCUACCGCGACUUCAAGACAUCCAACAUCCUGCUCGACCCGGACUACAAGGCGAAGCUCUCGGACUUCGGCCUCGCCAAAGACGGCCCGGAAGGCGACGACACCCAUGUCUCGACUCGUGUCAUGGGCACACACGGCUAUGCCGCGCCAGAGUACAUCCUCACAGGUCACCUCACCGCAAAGAGCGAUGUCUACAGUUUCGGCGUCGUUCUCCUAGAAAUCCUGUCCGGAAGGCGGGCAGUGGACAAGAGCAGGCCUAACAGGGAGAAGAACCUUGUGGAGCACAUGCGGCCGUGGCUCAAGGACCCGCAAAAGCUGGCUCGGGUCAUGGAUCCAGCCUUAGAAGGCAAGUACUCCACCAUCGCGGCACAAAAGGCGGCAUUGGUGGCAUACCAGUGCCUAAGCGGCAGCCCAAAGAGUAGACCGGACAUGUCAAAAGUUGUGGAAGAGCUAGAGCCCCUCCUCAACGUCACAGACGAUGUGCCUGGUGAGCCGGUGUUGUUUGUGACAGCACAGGAGGACGCGAAGGAGGAGAAGGCAAGGAGAAGAGAUGGCCAAAGAGAGAAGGGCAAGAGCAAUGGCAAUGGUUAUGGAAGGCGCAAUAACAAUAAAGCUAGGUCUCCAAAGAAAAGUGUCAGAAGGCGUGCCCCAGCCCAAAGCGGGGAGCUUUGGGAGUGGCAUAUGCCCGGAGAAGGGAAAGUGUAGGGUGGUGUACUUAACAAUGCUGUGUACGGGUGUGUGUAACAUGAAGGUGUAAAAUGUGGAUGUGGUGAGCACUCUUCUCUGACUUUUCGUUCAGGGGUUCAGGUUUGUUCAAGGGUUCAGGUUUGUUCAGGGGUUCAGGACUGCACCCGCUGUAAUUCCUCGUUUCUUUGCGUUGCUAUUGGCUUGGCCUCCGUUUCUUUACUUCAUCUUUUCUUACGGUGAGAUAUUCCAAAGCGAAGGCAAAGUACAGGCCAUGAUGUGUGAUUGCACAGUCGCACUUGUCUUGUUUUUGUUGUUGCAGUGCAGUGGAUGCUAGAGAGGGGAAGGCACAGUAGGGCAGGGGAGCCUUUUUAGACAGAGUGGGACAACGGGGAGCAGUGGUGCGGUGCAGGUGCCCACUUGAAUCUUUUGCAGCACAGUUAGACUGUGAUGGGCAGCGUCCAAUUAUCUAGGCCCAAAUCUGAAAUGCAGCAGAGAUCAUAAGGAUCUUCUAGCUGCAAAAAUCUAUGAGUCAAACACUGGACCAAAUAUUCGAUAAUGUAUUCCCUUAAUUUGGAUCCUUGCAAGGUAGAUUUAUCGGUGGUA